GCUGCUCUGUGAGGAUGUCGUUGUUCACCAUGGGCUUUCUGCUAGUCAUCCUUCAGCCGUCUACCGGGCAGUUCCCCAGAGCCUGUGCGAACAGGCAGAGCUUGCUGAGGAAGGAGUGCUGUCCCCCCUGGGAUGGAGACGGUUCCCCUUGUGGGGAGCGUUCCAGCAGAGGGUCCUGCCAGAACAUCCUUCUCUCUCAGGCUCCACUGGGGCCACAGUUCCCUUUCUCAGGAGUGGAUGACAGGGAGGACUGGCCCUCUGUGUUUUACAACCGGACGUGUAAAUGUGAAGGCAACUUCAUGGGAUUCAACUGUGGGGAAUGCAAGUUUGGUUUCUCAGGACCCAAUUGCACCAAAAGGCAGCUGAGAACAAGAAGAAACAUCUUCCAGCUCACUACCAGUGAGAAGGACAGGUUUCUUGCCUACCUUAACUUGGCAAAGAACACCCCUAACCGGGACUAUGUUAUUGCUACUGGCACGUAUACUCAGAUGAACAAUGGCUCCAACCCCAUGUUCAGAAGCAUCAACGUAUAUGAUCUCUUUGUGUGGAUGCAUUAUUAUGCCUCUCGAGACACACUCUUAGGAGGGUCCAAUGUGUGGCGGGACAUUGAUUUUGCCCACGAGGCGCCCGGUUUUCUGCCUUGGCACCGGGCCUUUCUGCUGAUGUGGGAACGUGAGAUCCAGAAGAUUACAGGUGAUGAGAACUUCACCAUCCCCUACUGGGACUGGAGAGACGCAGAAUAUUGUGUGGUUUGCACUGAUGAAUACAUGGGUGGCAGACAUCCCACCAACCCUAAUUUACUCAGUCCAGCAUCAUUUUUCUCCUCAUGGCAG